AUGGCGAGGCUCUCCAACCCUUUCGCCUUCACUCGUUGGCCUGUCACCGUCAUCACGUCCGCUAUUUACCUCGUCGUCAUUGUUGCCCUCCUCAUCAUCCAUACGACGGUCCCUUCUCCUCCAACUUCGCCCACUCCCAUUCACGGCCUGAAUCUGACCGAAGCUUGGCUGGACCUGGAGCUUCUCACCGCAUCCUACCAUCCUUACAACAGCCGUCGCAAUGACCAGGUUCACGAGUGGCUCCUCGAACGAAUCAACUCGAUAGCGAAUGAAAACAAGGCCUCUCCAUAUGUCUUCGCAGACAAUACCUCCAACCUUACAUUUUCUUCGGGGGAAGUGCUCUCGAGUCCCGGCGUGUCUGUCUACUUUGAGGGCACUAAUAUCAUCGUCUAUAUCCCAGGAGUAGAAGAUGAUAAAACCGAAUGGUGGCUUGACUCAGACGGAAAACCAUCAAGUCGCAACGCAGUCUUGGUGAAUGCACACUAUGACAGUGUAUCGACGGGCUUCGGCUCUACCGAUGACGGCGUUGGAGUCGUCUGCGUGUUACAGCUGCUCAAAUACUUUACUACACCCAGGAACAAACCAAAAAAUGGAGUGGUCCUCCUCUUGAACAAUGGUGAAGAAGACUUUCUCAAUGGGGCAAGCGUUUUCAGUCAGCAUCCCAUGUCCCUGAUCGUGAGCUCAUUCCUGAAUCUAGAAGGAGCUGGUGCAGGGGGGCGAGCUGCGCUGUUUCGAAGCACCGAUGAAGCAGUCACGAAAGCCUAUGCUCACUCCAAGCACCCCUUUGGCUCGUCUACUUCGGCGGAUGGCUUCAAUCGAGGUCUGGUCAGGAGCCAGACAGACUAUGUCGUAUUCAAUGGCAAGCUGGGCUAUCGUGGAUUGGAUGUUGCCUUCAUUGGACCGCGGGCGAGAUACCACACCGAUCAAGACGAUUCACGGCACACAGGGAAAGGUUCUCUCUGGCACAUGCUCUCUGCGGCUGUAGCUACAACAGAAGCCCUGACAUCGGCCUCACUGAAGACAAACUUGGACCCAGAGAGCAACCCUGGGAGUCCGCCACUCUGGUUUGACCUCUUCGGCCGCACGUUUGCCAUCUUGAAAGCCCACACCUUUUUCGCUCUUUCGGUCACACUUCUUGUCGCUGGGCCUGUGGUAAUCCUCCUCACGGUCGCCCUGCUGUAUCGGGUCGACAAGUUUUAUCUUUUCUCGGGGUCUCGUCCCCUUCACCACCAGAAUGGAGAUGAGAAGAUCAAGCUUUACGGAUGGCGUGGCUUUUUCCGUUUCCCGCUCAUCUUGCUUGUAGCGUGUGCAGUCCCGAUUGCUCUGGCAUACUUGGUUUUCAAGGAAAACCAAUACAUUGCUCACAGCAGUGAAUGGGCCGUGUGGACCAUGAUGAUUAGCUCCUUCGUCUUUGUUGCGUGGUUCUUCUGCCGAGCUGCGGACUACACACGGCCCUCUUCACUCACCCGCGUCUACGGGUUUUCAUGGAUGUGGGGUGCGUGGUGGGUGCUACUUGUCGUUGCCACGGUGUUUGAAGAACAUUUGCACCUUGUCGGUCUAUACUUUGUCCUGGUUUACGCCGCUCUUGUAUGGCUGACCACGUGGUUGGCCUUCCUAGAGUUAUUUUCCUUGCCCAGGAAGUCGGUGUAUUGCCAGCGCUUCAUUGAAGAGGACCCCUUCCACCCGCAUGCCGGUUCAGGCACGCGACAGGAAGACGCUGGGGAUCGUCUGGAUUCUGAUGAUGACAAUGAUGAUGUGCCUACGGAAAGGUCGAGUCUCCUGCGGAGGGGAUACCGCCAAGGGAGAGAAGAACCGACCCCUGACAUCAAAGCCGGCAAGGACAAAACUGACGCUGUCGAAGAACCAGGUUGGAGCAAAUCCCAGUGGUCGUGGUUGUGGCUUUGGCAGAUGCUCAUCCUUGUCCCCAUCAAUCUCGUCGUCGUCGGUCAGAUCGGCCUCUUACUGACCGAAGGUCUACACCAGACAGGACAGGACGGAAGUUCUAUGUUUCUACUAUACAUUAUGGUGGCUGGCUGCACAAUACUCCUCUUCUCCCCGCUUGUGCCCAUUCUGCACCGGUUCACUUGGCAAAUACCGGUGUUUCUUCUCCUCGUCUUCAUCGGCACCAUGGUUUACAAUCUAACCGCAUUCCCCUUCUCUAUGAACAACAGACUGAAGCUUUUCUUUCAACAACAAGUGGACCUCGUCGGAGGGAAUAACACUGUCUGCUUGACCGGCGUUACACCGUACGCUCGCCAUGCCGUCAACGAUAUACCCAGCUCCGCCGGACAGGACAUUGUCUGCACACCCGCAAACCCCUCAAUUUCCGGUAAUAUGCAAACUUGUUCAUGGGCUGGUAUCCCACCCAAUGUUGCCAACUCUUCCUCCACCUCUGUCUCUUCCAGGCAACAGUACGACAGUUGGCUCACCUUCAAUGUCACUCGCCUCAAUAACAGUGACAGUGGAUACAAAGCCCGCUUCGUGCUCUUAGGGAAAAACACCCGUGCGUGCAAACUCAUCUUUGAGACAGCACCGAUUACGAAAUUCCAUGUCGCCGGGCAGGCGCCGAGAGAUACACGAUUUCCCCCCGUGCCCGAAAGCGGCAGCCAGGAGAUCAGACUAUGGAGCCGCUCGUGGGGAAGAGCUUGGACAGUGGACGUCGGUUGGGAUAUUCCGGCUAUCAGUGCUGAAGGACCCAUCGCUAACAGCACGAUGUCCGGGCGAGUGGUAUGUCUAUGGAGUGACGUGAACAAGAAUGGCGUGAUACCCGCCUUUGAUGAGGCGAUGCACUACAUCCCAGCAUGGGCAGCACUCACCAAGAGAGCGGACGGACUGGUGGAAGGGUACAAGCAAUUCAAGAUUUGA